AUGUCGUCGACCAAGACUGGUUCUCACAUCCUACUCUAUCCAUUCUUUGCCUCCGGCCACAUAAUAUCCCUUCUCGACUUCACCCACCACCUACUCAGCCGUGGCCUCACCGUCACAGUCAUAGUCAAACCAAACAACCUCCCUCUUCUCCACCCAUUUAAAAACACUUCCUCUCUCCAACCACUGGUCCUCCCCGGAGCGGGACCUCCGCCCCCUAACAAACUCCCAAUUUUAUCGUUUAUCCGUUUCAUGCGCGAUGUCCACUACCCUCUCAUUGUCAAUUGGUUUCGAUCUCACGAAUCGCCUCCCGUUGCAAUUCUAGCCGAUUAUUUCUUGGGAUGGUCCCAACAAUUGGCUACUGAGCUUGCCAUCAAGCACAUCAUGACUUUUGCAAAAUGCCCCUGGUGGCAAAUUGAUCGCCUCCAUAAAGACUACGAGUCUGGAGACCCAGAUUGGGAACUCCUGAGGGAGAGCUGGCUGGCUGUUUACGCGAGUUGGGGAAUCGUUUUCAACUCGUUCUCCGAGUUGGAGCAACUCUACAUCGAUUACAUGAAAACCGAACUAGGUCACCAACGCGUUUGGGCGGUGGGACCGGUGUUGUCUCUAGAUAAGGACGUGGUGGGGUAUGCCAAUCGUGGUGGUUCAAGCUCCGUGCCAUUUCACGAGUUGAUGGCGUGGCUCGACUCGGGAAAGGAGAAGUCCGUCUUAUACGUUUGUUUCGGAAGCGUGGUGACCCUCACAGUUAAGCAAAUGAGGGAGGUGGCAUCGAGCCUUGAACUCAGUCGGGUCCCUUUCGUCUGGUGCGUGAGGAAUCCAUCGAACAAUGAACAAGUGACAGAUGAUUAUAAUACGAUUCUUAAAGGAUUGGAGGAGCGUGUGGAGAAAGGUAGGGGAUUUGUGAUUAAAGGGUGGGCGCCCCAGUUGGCGAUAUUGAGACACAAAGCAGUUGGCGCCUUCUUAACUAACUGCGGCUGGAACUCCGCAUUAGAAGGCCUGAUGACAGGAGUCUUGUUGCUGACGUGGCCUAUGUUUGCUGACCAAUACACCAAUGCAGAGCUAGUGAUUGAUCAACUGGGUCUGGGGAUUAGAGUUGCUGAGGGCGAACGUAAGCUACCUGAGCCGUCCGAGUUGGCUCGGAUAUUGGACGAGUCAAUGAAGGAGGAGAAUAUACCAGAAAGGGUGAAAGCCAGAGAGAUAAAAGAAGCAGCUGUGAAAGCACUCAAAGGAGGCAGCUCGGACAAAUAUCUGGACGACCUAGUCAAGAAUCUUAAUGAGCUUAGCCUCGCAGCCAACAAAGUUUAA